CGCCCCCAGAGCCUCGCUCUCCCGGUCUUCCGCCCGGCUGUUCCGGGCUGGGCUGUGGCAAGGACCCGCCUCCGCGUCCCGCCAGACCCUCCGCGAUGGGUCACUUCCCCUCUCUGGGUUUCAGUUUCCACAUGUGUCAGGUGGGCAGAGAGCCCGGCUGCUUCGGACCUAAGUCCGGGUCUCCCGCUAGCCCGCCCGAGCUCCCGCCCUCCCCCGCCCCCGGCCGGGCGCCCGGGACAAUCCUCGCCUUGUCUGCGCCGCCAGCAUCUCGAGUUUUCUGUAGCCUCCGGAUACGCCUUUUUUCCAGGGCGGAGCCCCAGCCCUGCUCCUCCUCGCUGCGGGCCGCACAGUAGUCCGGGGUUCCUCCUUCUCCAGAGUUGGGAUCCAGGCGCACAGCCGAUCCCGGUGCGGACCUGUGUGCGGUCCCGGCCCGCUCCCCGUCAUGGCCCGGUCGGGCCCGGGAUCCCGGCUCCUGCUGCCGUUGCUGCUGCUGCUGCGGCCGCCGCCUCCUGCUGCCUCAGCCUCCGACCGGCCACGGGGCAGCAGUCCCGUCAACCCAGAGAAGCUGCUGGUGAUCACCGUGGCCACGACUGAGACGGAGGGAUACCGGCGUUUCCUGCAGUCUGCUGAGUUCUUCAACUACACUGUGCGGACCCUGGGCCUGGGAGAGGAGUGGCGAGGGGGUGAUGUGGCCCGAACCGUUGGUGGAGGGCAGAAGGUCAGGUGGCUAAGGAAGGAAAUGGAGAAACAUGCAGACCGGGAGGAUAUGGUCAUCAUGUUUGUGGACAGCUACGAUGUGAUUCUGGCUGGCAGCCCCUCGGAGCUGCUGAAGAAGUUUGUCCAGAGUGGCAGCCGCCUACUGUUCUCUGCAGAGGGCUUCUGCUGGCCCGAGUGGGGGCUGGCAGAGCAGUACCCUGAGGUGGGCACGGGGAAGCGCUUCCUCAACUCAGGUGGAUUCAUCGGCUUCGCCCCCACCAUCCACCAGAUCGUCCGCCAGUGGAAGUACAAGGACGAUGAUGACGAUCAAUUGUUCUACACGCGACUCUACCUGGACCCAGGACUGAGGGAGAAACUUGGCCUUAAUCUGGACCAUAAAUCCCGGAUCUUUCAGAACCUCAAUGGGGCUUUAGAUGAAGUAGUUUUAAAGUUUGAUCGGAAUCGUGUGCGAAUCCGGAACGUGGCCUAUGACACCCUCCCUGUUGUGGUCCAUGGAAACGGUCCCACUAAGCUCCAGCUGAACUACCUGGGAAACUACGUCCCCAAUGGCUGGACUCCUCAGGGAGGCUGUGGGUUCUGCAGUCGGGACCGGAGGACACUCCCGGGGGGGCAGCCUCCCCCCCGGGUGCUUCUGGCCGUGUUUGUGGAACAGCCUACCCCGUUUCUGCCCCGCUUCCUGCAGCGGCUGCUGCUCCUGGACUAUCCCCCUGACCGGGUCACCCUUUUCCUACACAACAAUGAAGUGUUCCAUGAGCCCCACAUCGCAGACUCCUGGCCACAACUCCAGGACCACUUCUCAGCUGUGAAGCUGGUGGGGCCAGAGGAGGCCCUGAGCCCGGGCGAGGCCAGGGACAUGGCCAUGGACAGUUGUCGGCAGGACCCCGAGUGUGAGUUCUACUUCAGCCUGGAUGCCGACGCAGUCCUCACCAACCCACAGACCCUGCGCAUCCUCAUUGAGGAGAAUAGGAAGGUGAUAGCGCCCAUGCUGUCGCGCCAUGGCAAGCUCUGGUCCAACUUCUGGGGAGCGCUGAGCCCGGAUGAGUACUACGCACGCUCCGAGGACUAUGUGGAGCUGGUGCAGCGGAAGCGAGUGAGCGUGUGGAAUGUGCCCUACAUAUCCCAGGCGUACGUGAUACGCGGGGAGACCCUGCGGAAGGAGCUGCCCCAGAGGGAGGUGUUCUCAGGCAGUGACACUGACCCGGACAUGGCCUUCUGUAAGAGCCUGCGGGACAAGGGCAUCUUCCUCCACCUCAGCAAUCAGCAGGAAUUCGGCCGGCUCCUGGCCACCUCCCGGUACGACACAGACCACCUGCACCCUGACCUCUGGCAGAUCUUCGACAACCCCCUCGACUGGAAGGAACAGUACAUCCACGAGAACUACAGCCGGGCCCUGGAAGGGCAGGAGAUGGUGGAGCAGCCAUGCCCAGAUGUGUACUGGUUCCCGCUGCUGUCAGACCAGAUGUGCGACGAGCUGGUGGAGGAAAUGGAGCACUACGGCCAGUGGUCAGGAGGCCGGCAUGAGGAUUCCAGGCUGGCUGGAGGCUACGAGAACGUGCCCACCGUGGACAUCCACAUGAAGCAAGUGGGCUAUGAGGACCAGUGGCUGCAGCUACUGCGGACUUACGUGGGGCCCAUGACUGAGAGCCUGUUCCCGGGCUACCACACCAAGACUCGGGCAGUGAUGAACUUUGUGGUCCGCUAUCGGCCGGACGAGCAGCCCGCUCUGCGGCCACACCACGACUCAUCCACCUUCACCCUCAACGUUGCCCUCAACCACAAGGGCCUGGACUACGAGGGAGGUGGCUGCCGCUUCCUGCGCUAUGACUGCGUGGUCUCAUCCCCAAGGAAGGGCUGGGGGCUCCUGCACCCUGGCCGCCUCACCCACUACCACGAGGGGCUGCCCACAACCUGGGGCACUCGCUAUAUCAUGGUGUCCUUUGUUGACCCCUGACACUCAACCACUGCCAAACCUUCCCUGCCAUUGUGCCUUCGUGGGGGGGACCUCACCCCAUCCUUGGAGAGGGGGUCUGUCCAUCUCCUCACUUCCUGAGUGUACGUUCUCUGUGCCUGGGACUGAAUGUGUCACCUUAGCCCCCAGCACACAGCCCUCUCAGGAAACUCCUGGAGCCCCCAUCCCUCCCCUCAGCCCCAAAGAGUUCAGGGGGACAGGGCUUCUGGGGGUCUCCAUGUGAUAAAUUAUUAAGGUUCCUCAGUCUCCCUCCCAAUAAAGGAGGAUUUUUAAAUCU